CGUUUCAGUCUCUGUUUCUUCUUCACUGGUGAGAAGAAUCUCGAUGGCGAGGAAGCGACGUUCGUCGGCGGCGGAGAGUUUGACGAAACGGCGGAAGGACGGAGAAGAGUCACUGUCACAAGUCGAAGAACCGGAUUCAGAUAGGAGGCUCAUCGCCAUAUUCGUGAUCUUCUUCAUCCUGAUUCCCGCGGUUUCGAUUGUCGUGUACAAAGUCAAAUUCGCUGAUCGAGUCAUACAAACGGAAACAUCGAUACGUCACAGAGGAAUCGUUAAAACUAAUAUUAGUUUCCAAGAAAUCCUCACUGAACACUCUAAGGCCUCAGAGAAUUCAACAACUAGGCACUAUGAUUAUCCAGUGUUAGCUUACAUUACUCCAUGGAACUCUAAAGGCUAUGAUAUGGCAAAGAUGUUUAACUCAAAGUUUACACAUUUAUCACCAGUGUGGUACGACCUGAAGAGUCAAGGAUCUGGAUUGGUUUUGGAAGGGAGACAUAAUGCUGAUAAGGGAUGGAUCCAAGAGCUUCGAUCAAGGGGAAACGCGCUGAUAUUACCAAGAGUUGUUCUAGAAGCAAUUCCUAGUGGGAUGCUUAAGAAAAAGAAACUAAGGGAGAAAGCUAUCAAUCUUAUUGUCACAGAGUGCAAGGAAAUGGAAUAUGAUGGUAUCGUGUUAGAGUCUUGGUCAAGGUGGGCAGCUUAUGGCGUUUUGCAUGACCCGGAUAUGCGGAAAUUGGCACUGCAAUUCUUAAAACAACUUGGAGACGCCCUUCACUCAACGAACUCUCCAAGAAAUAACCAGCAACAUAUGCAGUUCAUGUAUGUGGUUGGUCCGCCUCGUUCAGAGAAGCUGCAAAUGUACGAUUUUGGGCCAGAAGAUCUUCAGUUCUUAAAAGACUCGGUUGAUGGGUUCUCUCUUAUGACCUAUGAUUUCUCAAAUCCACAGAAUCCUGGCCCCAAUGCUCCUGUCAAGUGGAUAGAUUUAACCCUCAAGCUCCUACUUGGUUCAUCAAACAAUAUAGACUCAACCCUAGCCAGAAAGGUUCUUCUUGGUAUCAACUUUUACGGCAACGAUUUUGUAAUCUCUGGAGAUUCAGGAGGCGGAGGAGCAAUCACCGGAAGGGAUUACCUCACAUUACUCCAGAAGCAUAAGCCAAGUUUGCACUGGGAUAAAGAGAGCGGUGAGCAUUUUUUCAUGUAUAGAGAUGAUAAGAACGUCAAGCAUGCUGUUUUCUAUCCUACAUUGAUGUCAAUCCUUCUACGGCUUGAGAAUGCUCGUCUCUGGGGUAUCGGCAUUUCAAUCUGGGAAAUCGGACAAGGUUUAGAUUAUUUCUUUGAUCUAUUUAAGUCACUACGCUCUCCUCUCACACCAAAACAUGAUCAAGAGGUAUCUCAUCCGAAUAUGCCACGUGUCAAGCUAGCCGUGGCUAGGAUUGAUUACACAGUCCACGUCAGCUUACUAGAAACAGCUCAAUGCCUUGUCUUGACACUUUCUUCCACUUCCUCCUCUUCAAAGUUUGAUGAUACGGAGAGGGCAAUUCUUGGUAUAGAAGGAGAGAUAAAGAGAGAGAGAGACAUGGAGGCUCUGAAAACCGCUACCUUUACCCCUAUGUCGGUUUUAUCCGAGAAAAGAUCAGAACCCCGAAAGCCCUUCACGCUCCCUAACCUCUUUCCUCAGAAAUCACCGAGACCAAUCUCCCAAGAAAACUUCUUGAGGAGAUUCAAUGGUGGAUUGGCUCUUCUGACCUCUGUUCUAACCAGUGCAACAGCUCCUGCUAAAUCCCUGACGUACGAGGAAGCUCUGCAACAAUCUACGACCACUUCUUCAUCUUUUGAUUCGGAUGGUCUGAUUGAAGGGAUAUCCAAUUUCGUCACAGACAAUCCUCUGGUUAUUGCCGGUGGAGUUGCUGCAUUGGCUGUUCCGUUUGUUCUGUCUCAGGUUUUGAACAAAAAGCCUAAAGCUUGGGGAGUUGAGUCUGCUAAGAAUGCUUAUACCAAGUUGGGUACUGAUGAUAAUGCUCAGUUGCUUGACAUAAGAGCCACUGCUGAUCUCAGACAAGUGGGCAGUCCUAACAUUAAGGGUUUGGGUAAAAAAGCGGUUUCUACUGUUUAUAACGGAGACGACAAGCCUGGUUUCUUGAAGAAGCUUUCUUUGAAGUUUAAAGAUCCUGAGAACACCACACUGUACAUUCUGGACAAGUUUGAUGGAAACUCUGAGCUUGUUGCGGAACUAGUGGCUCUUAAUGGAUUCAAAACUGCUUACGCGAUUAAAGAUGGUGCAGAAGGACCUAGAGGCUGGGUGAAUAGCGGCUUGCCUUGGAUUGAGCCAAAGAAGACUCUCAGUCUUGAUUUGAGCAGUUUAACGGAUAGCAUCAGCGGUGUAUUUGGUGAGAGUUCUGAUGGUGUGUCUGUCGCUGUUGGAGUAGCUGCUGCUGCUGGAUUAAGUGUUUUUGCAUUUACAGAGAUUGAAACCAUACUCCAACUACUAGGUUCAGCUGCACUAGUUCAGCUUGCGGGCAAGAAACUUUUAUUUGCUGAGGACCGAAAGCAAACUCUAAAACAGGUGGAUGAGUUCUUGAACACAAAGGUUGCCCCAAAAGAACUUGUUGAUGAGUUAAAGGAAAUAGGAAAGGCUCUUCUUCCUCCAUCAACAAGCAGCAAAGCUCUUCCUGCACCAGCAGCAGUAGCAGCAGAAGCAGCUACAGCUACAGCUACAACCACCACUGUCGAUAAACCAGUACCUGAACCAGUAGCAGAAGCAGCUACAGCCACCACCGUAGAUAAACCAGUAGCAGAAGCAGCUGCAGCCACCACCGUAGAUAAACCAGUACCUGAGCCAGAGCCAGAGCCAAAGCCAGCGCCAGCGGUUGAAGCCGCAGCUGCACAAGUAAUAACAGAACCAACUGAAACAGAAGCCAAACCAAAACCUCAUUCAAGACCUCUCUCUCCAUAUGCAUCGUACCCUGACCUGAAGCCUCCAUCUUCUCCGAUGCCAUCGCAGCCCUGAAAAAAAACAUCAAAAUAAGCAGUCUCUCUUUUUUACUUAUUCUGGUUUUACCUCCUGCAAACAGAAGAACAAAAUUGGUCGAAUCUUGUAACUUGUUCUUUUUUUCUCAUUUUAACUUUUCUCCGGAACUUAGAUGCUGCCUUGUGUCGAAUCUGAGAUAAGUGGACUUUGUUUUUUUCUUUCCCUUUAUACCGCCAUUGAGUGUAAGUUCAUAUAAGUGUCGGUCAUCGCAUGAGUUACAAUUAAUAUAUUAAGGGGCCUUCAAUCAA